AAUUACAUAACAUGAGAAGAUUUUCUUUCGUUAUCGAUUGGGCCUUGUUCAGGUCCAGUUGAGACCCGGUAGAAAACGAAGCGGAUCCGAACUCAAUGAGGAAAACCGAAGCAAAUAUCUGUAUAUCACAUUGAAACAGAACUCUAGAAGCAACUUGGAAGAAAGGGAUCGCCGGCGGCACCCUCCGAAGACGGAGAUACACCCACUCACAACCACUUUCCCGGAAAAUAACCACCGACCACAAUUUCUUGGAAUUUAUUUUGCGGUGAAUUCACUUUCUGCCUUUAAUUUUUUCAUCCCCUCGCGUGCGGAUUUUGUUUUCCCCUUCCGCCGAUAGGGUUUUGAUGAUUUUAAUUUUGUUGAUUUGGAAGGAUGUGGAAACUUAAAAUGCGACUGCUUUUUGAUUUUUUUUAAAUUGUUGAUGCUGACCUACGACCUGCAGUUUUGGUGCCUUUGUUGUUCGGAUUUUCAGGUGAGGGAGCUCGUCUCGUGUGUCGUUUAGGGCUAGAAAUGGGGUUUAAGUGGGUGCACUGAUGUCAUUGUUCUUGCUUGAGAUUCGUCAACUUGCAGAAAUCGAGGCAAUGGCUGCAUCUAAGAAACUGAUAACAAGAGAAGAGUGGGAGAAGAAGCUUAGUGAUGUGAAGAUUAGAAAAGAAGACAUGAAUAAAUUGGUAAUGAAUUUCCUUGUCACCGAAGGCUAUGUUGAAGCUGCUGAGAAAUUUCGAAUGGAGUCUGGAACUGAACCAGACAUAGAUCUUGCAACAAUAACAGAUCGCAUGGCUGUUAAGAAAGCAGUACAAAGUGGUAAUGUUGAGGAUGCAAUUGAAAAAGUGAAUGACUUAAAUCCGGAGAUACUGGACACAAAUCCCCAAUUAUUUUUCCAUCUUCAACAGCAACGAUUGAUAGAACUCAUCCGGAAUGGAAAAGUAGAAGAAGCUCUAGAGUUUGCCCAAGAGGAGCUUGCACCAAGGGGAGAGGAAAAUCAAAGUUUUUUGGAAGAGUUGGAGAGGACUGUUGCACUUCUUGCCUUUGAAGAUGUUUCUAACUGUCCUGUUGGAGAGCUGCUUGACAUAUCACAGCGUUUAAAGACAGCAAGUGAGGUGAAUGCAGCCAUACUUACUAGCCAGAGCCAUGAAAAAGACCCAAAACUUCCAAGCCUGUUGAAGAUGCUGCUAUGCGCCCAAAACCAGCUGGAUGAGAAAGCUGCUUAUCCUCGUGUCAAUGAUCUAUCCACCGCUACAUUAGAAGAUCCUGCUGUUUGAAUACUUGUAACGUUUUAAUUUCAGUUCGGGGAUUUUAGGUGCUAGAUGAAGAUAUUGCAGUGAUUAGCAUUAAAAAUUGUGUAUGUACUUUAAUCGAAAGAUAUUUGUUGAAAUUGAUAUCCAUUUCCUCGUAGAUAGCUCUUCCGUUGGUUUUAUACUCAUGUACAAAAAGAUUUGUGAAUACAGUCACCAAUUCUUUUCUUA